CCUUUUUCCGUCGCUGUGGCAACUCUGUCGUCCCAGUUGUCACAACAAUUCCAGCCACCUGGCAGCCCUGCUGACAGCCGAAACAAACGACCGUUGCGAGGCAACUGGUUUGUUUAGGAUUUGUUUACCUGUCCUGCGACAAGGACGCACGAUGGACCUGAUCAAGGAGAUUAAUGACAAAUACCUGGCCCUGGAGGCGGAGAUAGAUCAAAAGCUGGAGAAAGUGCAAGCUGAGGAACUGAAACUGGAGCGUCAGAACGAAAGGUUGGCAGACACUUCUGGCACCGCUGCUCCCAGGGUGCUGUCCUACGAAGAGGCUCUCCUGAGGAACACCAACACCCUGAAGGCUCUGGAAAUAGCCAAGGCCCGCCUGAGAUCGCGCUCCACGUACUCGCCCGUAGAGAAACUCCUCCAAAGAGCCCUGCAGAACUACCGGAAGGAGCUGGAGAGUCUGCAGGAGGUCGGCGACAAGCCGGAGGAUGGGCCAGCCCCAGAGGAGGAGGAGGACAACCUGUACGACCUGGUCAUGCAGAAUGUGAUCGAGGCCAAGAAGCAGCAGACCGAGCUGUAGGACCCCUGGAACCCGAGCCGCUGGCAUGUGUGUAUUGUUCCCAAGUGCGACAUUGUCAAGCUGAAUAAACACGGUCCAAGUGUA